AUGUCGGAAUCAACAGAUCUCUUUGAGGACGAGAAAAUCAAGCGGGUGAUGAGCGGCGACUCGUCGCUCGACGCGUUGCUCACGCGCCUAAAACAGAGCAUGGUGUCGACAGACGAAUACGCCAAGUUUGUCAAGAAGAAGGCGGCGCAGACCGAGGAUUACUACAGUAACUUGCGCAAGCAGGCAAAACACACGACAGAUCACAUCGGCAGCAAUGCGACGCAAUUUCGCAAUGACUCCUUCAUGCGCUCUUUCCAGCAGAUUGUGACGUUCGACGACAAGCUUUACAGCGUGGGCCACUCAUACGUGCAAGCGUUGCUGGUAAUGAGCGAUGAGCUCCACUCGCUCGUAAUGGCAAUCUCCAAGAGCCGUAAGUUGAUCAAGGAGGAGGGGAAAAGACGCGAAAAGGAGUGCAUCGACGCGAUUCUGGCGGCGGAAAAGGCGAAACAAAAGUAUCUCAGCUUCUGCACCGAGCUCGAGAAGUUACGCACGACCGAUCCCAACAAGAAGUCGUUCUCCUUGACUAACAAGACGAACGCGCAGCAAGAAGAUGAGCUCACCAAAAAGAUAGAGGCUGCCGACGCCGACUACCGGUCCAAGGUGAAGGUCUGCGAGAGCCUCAAGCUCGAGUUGGUCAAUCACCACAGGCCAAACUCUGCGUCAAAGUUGAAGAACUUGAUCCUAGAGAUUGACAUUGCUCUUAAUGUGCAGUUACUGAAGUAUGUGACGUGGCAAGAGACGUUGGUUAUGAACUCGGGGGUCAUGAUUAGCCCGUUUGCGGGUGGCCCGAGUAAGAAGUCCAUGAAGGAGAUUGCGUCGGCCGUGAACAAUGAACUUGAUUUGUACAACUAUUUGUUGAAGUUCAUCAAUAUGAAGCCGAACGUGAACUUGGUUCCGGUGGUGUACAAGGUCCAUCCGUCGUUGGAGCGUGCCAAUGGGAACUACAAGCCGCUUCCAGUCGCCAAACCGUUCUUCAACCCUAAUCCGACACCUCUGGCGGGCUCUGUGCCGUCGUCAGUAACCAGAUCUGUGACUUCCGGGCCCGUUGGGUCGUCGCUUGAGGGCUCUUCCUACAAGUCCACGUUAGACCCGGACCACAAGUAUGAGGUGACGCCGUCGCGUCCGCUCAACAGUGUGUCAAAGGACCCCACCUUUGGCAUCAAGCUUGAGGAGGUAGUGGAGAAGGCAGGAAACGACAACGUGCCGUUGAUAGUCGAAAGAUGCAUCCAACUCAUCGAUGUCUACGGCUUGAAGCUCGACGGGUUGUACCGUAUCAGCGGAAACGCCACCGCCAUUCGUCAGCUCAAAGAGCUAGUCGACCAGACGCCUACUAACUACCUCAAGGUCGGCGAGUACUUGUCUCUCGAUGGUAGCUCCAGCCCUACCGACAGCGAGAUCCACCUCAUUGCGCUGUUGGUGAAGAACUUUUUUUCGUCGCUCUCGGUGCCGCUCAUCUCGGUCGACUUGUACACGUUGCUUCUUGACGCGUUGAAAACCGCGCCGGACUCCACGUUUGUGAUGCGCAAGUUUCACCAGAUUGUCUACAAGCUCGCUGACCCCGAGUAUUUCACUUUGCGCUACUUGAUCUUCCACUUGAACCGCGUGGCCGAUCUCCAAGACACCAACCGCAUGACCCCACGUAACUUGGGGAUCAUCUGGGGGACCACCUUGUUGCCGUCGCUGAACCCGAACGCCGAGGAAAUGAGCUACCAAGGGAAGAUAAUCGAGGAGUUGAUGCGCAUUGCCAACGACAUUUUCGAGCCAGACACCUAG